AUGAAUCGGAACAGGAAGAGGAGAAAGAGGAAGAGGCGCGGCGAUGAAAGGGCCGCCGCCUGUGUGCCCUCGCCCUCCUCCGCCUCCUUCGACCGCGACGUCUUCCCCGUCCUCCUCGCCGCCGUCCGAACCACCCGCCAAACUGGCAGCUCCUCCUCCCCGCCCGCUGCGCUCGCGGCCCGCCUCCUGCGCUGUGUGCUCUCCCGCUCGCCGCAGACGCUCUCCCCUCUCCCGAGGUCCCUCGUCGCGCUCCUCCCCCUCCUCCUCUCCUCCAGCUGCUCUUCUGUCGCCGCGCUGAGCUGCGAGGUGCUCGGCGCGGCAGCGCUGCGGUCCAUGGAGACCGGCGAGAUGCUGGCGUCCGACACUGGCAUUGCCAGCGGCCUGGCGAGGACGCUGGGAAGUAGAAGCCAGAGAGUGAUUGAGGCUGCCUGUAAUUCUAUAUUGGAUCUCUCGGCGUCUUCAGUCGGUAGGGAGCGACUUGCAGGCUCACCUGUUCUGCCCAGGACAUUGCAUCUAUUUUGUCAGGUGGAAUCUGUUUAUGGAUUUGCACAUAGCAGAAGCAUUGAGUGCCCAGAAAGUCCUACAGAAGCAAAUAAAAUCCUGUGCUUGAUCAUUGACACAGUGGUGCUCCUGGUAAAUUCUUGUAAGAUUGACAAUUUGCAGAAUCUACAUCAGGAGCUAGUAAGGAACGUUCUGUCUUUGUUGUACAAAAUCUGGAAGAGAACUCAACUCUUGAGAUCUUCAACUGAUUGCAACAAAUGGAAGAAUAAACUUCAGAGUAAAGAAUAUGAGAUGUCUGAAGCUAUUUUCAGGCUUUCGAUUGGUCUUGCUUCUCCAGCCUGCCCAGAGCCUGAUGUGGUCAGGGAAAGUAUUUUUGGCCAAACAGUGUCCGACUUUGAAACUUUUGUCCUGGCCUACUGGGAAAAGUCGCCUAAUUUGUACAGGAGGAAACAAAGCACUCAAAAGGGUAGUCCUGUGUUUGCUGCACUGCACAGUACUUUUAAUCUUGGAACAGCACCUGAUCCUAUCAUUGAAUCAUUAAUAAAGGGUCUUGUUUCUUGCCCCGCUAUCGCUUCUGAUGAACUUGACAUAAAUUCAUUUCUCCAUGAGGUUCAUGAUUCCUUGGGUGAUUCUGCAAAGUACAGGCAAGACAUUAGAGUCAUGAGAACACAAGAUCCAAAUGACCAAACCUCAAGUGGAUGUGUGACAGAGGAGCAUUUUUUCGAUGAUGGAACAGUCUUCAUAGAUGAAGAUGCAUUCAUCGAAAAAUGUAAGCAUGCCUUUAAGAAUGGUUAUUCGAUUGCCUUGCGUGGCAUGGAGUUCCGGUCUGAAAAGGUUGCUGCUAUAGCUUCUGCACUGGCUGAUCUAUUUGGGCAGCCUUCUGUAGGAGCCAACAUAUACUUCUCACCUGCAAGAUCUCAAGGCCUGGCCCGACACUAUGACGAUCACUGUGUACUUGUUUGGCAGCUACUUGGUAGCAAGAAAUGGAUGAUUUGGCCUAAUCAAAAGCCAUUUUUGCCUAGACUAUAUGAACCUUUUGACCCUUUAGAUGGCACUUUAUAUGAGAACAGUGGAAGAGUGGAGGUUUUGCUUGAAGGGGACAUGAUGUACAUCCCCAGAGGUUAUGUUCACGAGGCUCGCACUGAUGUCGGUGGAUCAGAGGUGAAUGCAUAUGCUGAUUACUCACUCCAUUUGACCCUUGCUAUUGAGGUCGAGCCACCCUUUGAGUGGGAAGGUUUUGCACAUAUCGCCCUUCAUUGUUGGACAGAGAAGCAGCAGCUUAGAGAUUCUCAACUUGUCGAGUUCAAGGGGAAAGUAGAAACUUCCUUAUCUGCUAUUGUGCUGCAUGUGGCCAUCAGGUUGCUCUCAGACAGUGAUCCUAUUUUCAGGAAGGCGUGCAUGGUUGCGGCAAAGUUUGGACCAUCCAGUUCCUGUACAACGACUCACUUGAAGGCUUUUCGAAGCAACCAGAGGUCAACUUUCGAUGAGAUACUGAGGAAGAUCGAUCAGAACUGCAGCAUCAAGGAAGCACUGAAGCGCAUCACGUUGGCAGUGAAAGAGCGAGACGACGAAGCCUUCCAGUGGAUGAGCUGGCUGCGGCACCUGCCUCAGCAAGGAGUUGACAUAAUCGAUUUCUGCAAUAUUUUCGGAGCCCUCGAAGAGCUGCUUGAGGCGUUCAACUCUAACCCUGACCAGGCCCUGGAUGGCUUCACAGCCUUCAAGUCAGGGUUUUGCCAGCGCGUCGUGUACGAGGACGCACGCGAGACCUUUGAGACUUUGCUUGAGAUGUACAGGACGACUAGGACUCAGUACAUGAGGGGAAUGCUGGCGUUGCACGGUGCAGGUGCACACGCAGCACAUAUUACAUGGGACAUGGAGGUUGUCCAGACAGCAUCUAAAUGCUCUAGGAGGGCCAUCCCCAAGGUGGUCUGGCUCCACAUCGCCGAGAACGAGAUCAUCCAUGUCGGUGCCGCGGCCAACCCCACCUUCGGCAACCUGCCGCCGUACCUAAGGAAGAAGGACGUCCUCAGCUACCGGGUGCUCGUGCACUUACGCCAUGUCACGGACUUUGACCCGGAUAACCCUUCCCCAUCACCAUCGCCGCCGGAGUCGGAUGACGGCGACAGCGGCCACGACGGGAACCCUGACCGCCAUCACUUCUCCAGGGGAACAGCAACGCGCAUUCAGGGAUUCCGAUGCCACCGGGGAACCAUCGACGGGGAGCAGCCGGCCGUCAACAACGGAAGCGGCGCGUUCAUCGGUCCUACGUUCAACGUCAGUGGGCCUCACCUAUCCUUCCAGCACGGUACAACUGUAAAGCAAGAUACCCAACCAGGCCGCCCUGAUCCGGUCUCGCAGUGUAACCCCUGUGCGGCUGCAGAUGAGACAAGCAGGGAGCAAGACAGCGCCGAGUGCCAGUUCAAAUUUAUCCGGCCACAAGACUGCAACGGAAGCGCCGGAGGAUAG